AUGGAUUUCCUCAAGUCCGCUGUCGCAUCUGCGAUCGCCAAAGGGAGUUCAUUUCCCUACUCGUUUGGAGAUAGAGUCGACGUCUCGGAUUCAAUCUGGACACUUCACAAUGCUACAAAAAGGGAAGACGGCUCACCGUGCAGCGUAUUCACCUUCGAAAUUGCGUCGAAUAAUUCUCGAACCCCCCUGGCGAGAAAUGCAGUGCGAAAGUCGCGGACUCUAAGACACCCAGGGGUUAUCAAAGUGCUGGACACUAUUGAGACAGACAGCAACAUCUACAUUGUGACGGAGCGCGUUGUUCCCCUGGCCUGGCAUGUGAAGCGGAAGAGCUUGAGCAAGGAGACUUCGAUCUGGGGGAUUUACACGGUGGCCUCUACGCUCAAAUUCAUCAACGAGGACGCUUCUUCUGUUCAUGGUGCCGUUAGGGCAUCCUCAAUAUUCGCCAGUGAGAGUGGUGAAUGGAAGCUAGGAGGCUUCGAUGUCCUGAGCUCCAUGAACGACGAGAACGCGGUAAUAUAUACAUAUGGUAGCCUUGUACCAGACGCGGCCCGAUACACACCUCCGGAAGUCGUCAAAGGAGGAUGGGAAUCUAUCAAGCGACACCCAUUGGCAGCAGUCGACGCCUAUGGAUUAGGCAUUUUAGUCUACGAGGUCUUCAACGGUAGCUUUGCAGGGGGCGAUCAGGUGGGCAAAACGACAAACAUUCCGCCCAGUAUGCAUCAGAGCUACAAGCGUCUCUGCACGGCAAAUCCGAAAAUCCGGCUCAGCCCAGCGCACUUUGUUGAGCAAGGCAAGAAGACUGGCGGCUUUUUUCAGACACCGUUGAUCAGAUUCGCGGACGAUAUAGAAAGCUUAGGGCUUAAGAAUGACGAAGAACGGGAAGAGUUUGUCAAUGAGCUGGACGAGCUUUCAGAUGAUUACCCGGAGGAGUUCUUCAAGAUGAAAGUCCUCCCGGAACUGCUCAAGUCCGUUGAAUUUGGAGGCGGAGGUCCGAAGGUGUUAAGCGCCAUAAUGAAGAUUGGGACGAAGCUGCCACCAGACGAGUACAGUGCUAAGCUGACGCCUGUCAUUGUUCGGUUGUUCGGGAAUCCUGAUCGAGCUCUUCGAGUUUGUCUACUCGACAACCUGCCAUUAAUGAUCGAUAAUCUAUCGCAGAAGAUUGUCAAUGAUAAGAUCUUCCCACAGAUGACCUCCGGAUUCACCGAUGUCGCGCCUGUUGUUCGAGAGCAGACCGUUAAAGCGGUGUUGUCCGUCAUCGGUAAACUGAGCGAUCGAACUAUCAAUGGGGAUCUUUUGAAGUUCCUUGCACGCACUGCAAAUGAUGACCAACCGGGCAUCCGUACGAAUACUACCAUCUGCUUGGGUAAAAUUGCAAAGUAUCUUGGCCAGAACUCAAGGACCAAGGUCCUCGUUGCAGCGUUUACCCGAUCACUUCGGGAUCCUUUUGUCCAUGCUCGAAAUGCCGGUCUGCUGGCACUAGGUGCAACAAUCGAGUUUUUUAAUGAGGAGGACUGCGCUUCAAAGGUCCUUCCAGCGAUCUGUCCCUCUCUCUUGGACAAAGAGAAGCUCAUAAGGGAUCAAGCAAACAAAACGCUGGAUCUGUACCUCCAACGUGUUCGCAAGUUUGGCAGCACAAUGGCCGACACAGCACUGCCAGCGGUGGCCAGCCCCGAUGCACCCAAAGAUGCGGCUCGAAUUGGAACUUCAACCGAUAAGUCGUGGGCUGGCUGGGCGAUCUCCUCGUUCACGAAUAAGCUUACGACGGCCAACGGUGAGAUUCAGACCACGGCAAGCAGCGUCAAGCCGGUUGAGGCGGACGUAUCUCGCUCAGCAUCCGUACCACGUCCAGCCAAAGCAUCCCCAUCGACGCAGCUGGAUUUGCCCAAGAAAGCAUUGCGUUCUGAAGCUCAACCCCUCGAACGGUCGUUUUCAGAUCAGCCAGCUUCCUUUUCCAGAACCGAGGAUGAAACAGAAGAUGUCUAUGAUGCUUGGGGUGCUAUUGACGAUGAGGAUGAAGAAAGUGCAUCUAAAGAUGAUGAUCUCUUCGGCACCCCAGCAACCAGCAGCCCAACUGUCGAUAUCACCCCAACACCGAAAUCUGUGCCUAUUCCAUAUGAUGACGGAGGCGAACCUGACUUUGCCGGCUGGUUAGCCGCGCAGUCCAAGGCCAAAGCAAAGAAGCCCCUACCUAAGGGCUUGACUAAGCCCGCUACGACUACAACUAGUUCUCGAACCCCCAGCCGCACCAGCACCACCAAACCUAGAACGGUCGUAGUGCCAGCGAAGAAGAUUGACAUCAAACCUAAGGAUGAGGAUGAAGAGGACGGCUGGGGAGAUGCCUGGGACUGA